AUGCUGACGGGUGGACCGACCAUCGCCUCGUCAUCUCGAAAUGCGUCUUCGCCUACAGCCUCGCAGGAGACCUCAAGGUAAGCGACCCCCAGGUAAGCUGAAUGUUGCUUUGUUGUCCUUGCCCGCUCAUCAUCUCCAUUUCAGCAAUGAGCUAGCUCAACGGCUAGACAACCUCCCCAUCGCCGAUGCCGCCGCUGCCGAAAACGCCUCCGUGGAGAACCGCUGGUGUCAACUGCGAGACACGGUCCAGGCGACGGCGCUCGCCGUCCUCGGUCGCGCUCCCCGCCAACACCAGGAGUGGUUCGACGACAACGACGCCGCCAUCAGAAAUCUGCUUGCUGAGAAGAACCGCCUACACAAAGCCUACGUAGAUCACCCCACUGAGGACAACAAAGCUGCUUUCUACCGCAGUCGCCGCCACCUCCAGCAGCGACUGCGCGAGAUGCAGGACGCCUGGACUGCUCGCAAAGCUGAGGAGAUCCAAGGCUACGCGGACCGCAACGAAUGGAAGAACUUCUUCUCUGCGAUCAAAGCUGUCUACGGUCCGCCGACGAAGGGCACUGCUCCUCUCCUCAGCGCCGACGGCAGUACUCUCCUGAUUGAGAAGAGCAAAUCCUUCAGCGAUGGGCCGAGCAUUUCCGAGGCGUCCUAA